AUACUAAAAAUAAAUAAGUUGGCAACGCGGGUGCCCUGAACAGCUGUUUCACCGGCACGCAUAUGGUUGUUACGUCUUCGCUGGCGAUUGCAAACAAAUUUGGUUUUAUUCUAUUAAAAUGCUACCAAUUGCUCGCGGAAUAUACUCUGGCCUGGCCAAUAUAACACGUAGCAGCCGGGGAGCCCUUCACACGGCCAGUUCCCUAAGAUGCAAAGCUUCAGAAACAGCGGAAGAAAAGGAUGCAGAGAACGCUGAAGGUGAAGCAGGCGGCGAGGAGAACCAAAGCAGCUCCUCAGGACCAGAUCCCAAGGAUCGCAGCAAGGUCAUACCCGUAGAGACGUCAAUGCGUUAUCUAAAAAGCGCCGCAUAUAAACAAACCUACGGAAACGACUUCGUGUGGACGCAAUAUCGCCGCAACCACAAAGGAAUGUAUGCGCCCCGAAAAACACGUAAAACGUGCAUCCGCCAAGGAAGGAUCUCCACCGGCAACCCCUGUCCAAUCUGUCGGGACGAGUACCUGGUGCUGGAUUACCGCAACACGGAGUUAUUGGAGCAGUUCAUUUCCCCCCACAACGGCAACGUGCUGAGCUACUCCAAGACAGGCCUGUGCCAGAAAAGCCACCUCCGCCUCACGGUCGCUGUACAGCAAGCUCGUGAUUCUGGAUUCCUUACCUAUGAUGUGCCUUUCAGGGAGUACGAUUACAGCGAGUACUACGGCCAGGAGCAGAAAAAGAAGGAUAUCAAUUAGGAGCAUUUCCAAUUUAUUUCGUUUUUUAUUGUUUAUUAAAGAACUAUAAAUAUUUAAA